AGACAUGCCAAACAUUACACGAAUUUGCUUCAUUACGACAUGUCUGGCGUGACGUCCUCUUUCAGCAUCGUUUUCCUUGACCAGUGUUACCCCCAUCUGCGUUCAUGUACUGCGGAAGACAUCGUCACCAGCUGAAAACCGCUGCCCGACUGGACCACCUAUGGACACAGUCUAGCAUCGUCCCUAAGCGUCUUUACACGUUUCCGCUGGAUUUCCCUGGUGUAUUUCAAGGUCUCAAAUUUCUUCCGGGUGGGACAUGGCUAGUGUUACUUUUCCAUUGUCGAAAUCUCAACCCUUCUCGACACUCCAACUUAUGCUUAGUGAAACCAAGCACGGGAGCUGGAUUCCCUGCUGUAUCCACGACCUUUCAGAGCGAGAUGUGCUGGCUCCCCUUCCUUGACCAGACGGUCCGUAUAGAUCAUCUCGUGGUGACAAUCUCAUAUUACUACGAACCAAGUGUAAUGACGGGUGCGGUGUAUCCUUCGGGUCCUAAUUCGCCGUAUUCACGAAUUCCAACUAGAUCUAAUGCCUUCGGAAUUGUGCAUUUAAAUACAAAGAUACCCUCAAUCACGAUACCUCUCAUUUUUCGCACAAAUGUGUUUGUGCGGAACUAUGCAGCGUCAGGAGACUAUAUCGUUUAUGGCUGGAUUACUGCCGACAGGAGGCAUUUCCUUCGUAUCAUGCAGCUAAACGAUAAUUAUGACGGUUUUCGAAAGGAUAUGACUGUUGAAAUUGACUGUCCUAAGGGACACGACGGCAAACUCCGCAUACGGUACGACUUGCGCCUGUCCGGUCGGGUUCCGUGCAUCUUGCUCAUCAGCACGCGAUUGAUGGCUGCGUACAACAUUCCCUCCAAUGUACCCAACAACGUCGACGCAAACCUACCACCAUUGCUUACGCCAUUCUGGCAGCUUCGCCCUGCUGCUAUUCGAUUCAUACGACCUCACCUCGAUGCCUCAGAACCCAACACCUACGCCAUUGAGAAGUACAAUUUUGAUCCCCCACAUCCACAGAACUUACAGCGGCCGUGCUUGUUCUCAGCCCAGCGGAUAUUCUGGCGUUCUUCCCUGAAAAACCAGAAAGGGACGACAUCUCCUUGGCAAAUGACCAUCGAGACGAGCGGAGUCUCAGAAAAUGUCCAUCGUGAAGGCCGUGUACUUAUUGACUUACAGGAAACUCAGACCUCCGCUCCAUCUGCGAGCACUCGAAUAGUGCAGGAUUGGGAUGAGCUUUCGGGAAGACUUUCGUUGGAAGCAGAGCAGGCUCCUUCAGACGCACCCGAGCAAACUCCAAACUACCUCGCGAUGUUGGCUCAUCCAAGCAAGCCUCCCCGUCGAUGGGAUCUGAAAGUUGGUGCUGUGUCGAAAACGGAUCAGUAUGAAACGCUCGAUUCGCGUCGUCGCCAUGUGCACACUUCACUACAACCUCUUCGAUGCCCCACUUUGGCUCAGGUGUAUACUCCACUUGAGCUUGUGUUCUGA